GGCUGCCCGUGCAGCGAGGAGACUGACGGAAAGGAGCGGAAUCCGGGAGCUGUGAUCUCCUCCGGUAUAAAGCUGAAGCGUUUCUCUCAGUCCCGUCAGCGGGGCCUCUCGGGCUCCGCUCCGGCUCUUCAGGGCUGGCUUCGGCCGGCGGCCUCCCUUGCCCACGCCCUGCCUGCCCGUCUCCCCGGUGCCGGGCGCUGAUCCAGCAGAGGCUCCUGGAAAAGGCCAGGAGGCCUCAGCCGCGGCUGGAGGGCUGUCUUCGGCAGGGAGACGUGCAGGCUGAACGCUGACGCGGCCUGGGGGAAGCACACGCCGUGUGCGCGAUCUCGCGGGGUGGUCUGGCACAGGCCGGGGCGGCGGGUUUUCGCCUCCAGGCAGGUGGCAGACACUGGGGAGGUUUCAAGGUCCAGGUUCAACGCGGAGGGCGCGGGUGUCCCUGCGUGAAAGGGCAGUUGGGGGGGGGUGCAGGCCCCGCGGCCCUCGGAGGAGCCGCAGCCGCCAGCCGGCGCUGCCCCUGGCCCCGCCGCGCUCCGGAACGUGCGUCGGCUGCCCGUGUUCCCGGCCGGAGGGAGCCGGGCAGGGCGCAAAAUGGCGGCGGCGUCGCGGGUGUUCGCCUUCCGCGACGCGCGCUGGGCCCCCGACCCGGUGCUGGAGCCGAGCGCGGCCGUGCGGACGCCGCAGCCGGUGCCGCUGGUGAUCGAUAACGGCUCCUUCCAGACGCGGGCGGGCUGGGCCUCCGCCGACUCCGCCGUCCCCGCCGAGCCCCUGCUGCGGUUCCGCUCGCUGGCGGCCCGCAGCCGCGGGGCCCGCGGCGGGGCCGGCGCCGAGACGCAGGUGGGCAACGACCUGGGGAGCCCCGAGCCGCUGCGCUGGCUGCUCCGCUCGCCCUUCGACCGCAACGUGCCCGUCCAGCUGGAGCUGCAGGAGCUGCUCCUCGACCACGUCUUCCAGCGCCUCGGCGUCGCCUCGCAGGGUUGCGUUGAUCAUCCAAUUGUUUUGACAGAAGCGGUGUGCAAUCCUCUGUAUUCGAGACAAAUGAUGUCAGAGCUCCUCUUCGAAUGUUAUCAAGUGCCAAAAGUGUCCUAUGGAGUAGAUAGCUUGUACAGUUUUUACCACAAUAAAAGGCAGAACUGGCCCUGCAGUGGUUUGGUAAUAUCUUCAGGUUACCAGUGUACGCACAUUUUGCCUGUCUUAGAAGGCAGGUUGGAUGCUAAAAACUGUAAACGUAUUAAUCUUGGAGGGUGUCAAGCAGCUGUAUAUCUUCAACGCCUCCUUCAGCUGAAAUACCCAGGACAUUUUGCUGCCAUCACUCUCAGUCGCAUGGAGGAAAUACUGCAUGAGCACAGCUACAUUGCAGAGGACUAUAUAGAAGAGCUACAGAAGUGGCGGUCCCCAGAGUACUACGAGAACAACAUGCACAAGAUGCAGCUGCCUUUCUCUAACAAGCUGCUGGGAAGCACUUUGACAUCAGAGGAAAAGCAGGAAAGGCGGCAGCAGCAAUUACGUCGACUUCAAGAACUGAAUGCGCGUCGUCGAGAAGAGAAGCUGCAACUUGACCAAGAGAGGCUGGAUAGGUUACUAUACGUACAGGAACUUUUAGAAGAUGGUCAAAUGGAUCAAUUCCACAAAGCUUUGGUGGAGCUGAACAUGGACUCUGCAGAAGAACUUCAGUCUUACAUCAACAAAUUGAGUCUGUCUGUUGAACAAACGAAGCAGAAAAUCCUACAGGCAGAAGUCAAUAUUGAAGUAGAUGUUGUGGACAGCAAGCCAGAGACUCCUGAUUUGGAUCCAUUAGGCAGUGAACAGUCACUGGAGGAUGUGGAAAGUAUUAAUGAGUUUGAACCUCUGUUUGCUGAGGAACAGCCUGAAGUUGAGAAGCCUGUUGCUGCAGUGCAGCCCGUGUUUAACCUGGCAGAAUAUCACCAGCUUUUCCUUGGCACUGAAAGAAUCAGGGCCCCAGAGAUUGUCUUCCAGCCCUCCCUGAUAGGAGAAGACCAGGCUGGUAUAGCAGAAACCAUGCAAUAUGUCCUUGAGAGGUAUCCAAAGGAGCAACAAGCUAUUCUUGUCCAGAACGUUUUUCUCACUGGUGGAAAUACGAUGUACCCUGGACUAAAAGCCAGAGUCCAGAAGGAGCUCCUCGAAAUGAGGCCGUUCCAGUCAUCUUUUCAGGUUCACCUUGCUUCCAGUCCUGUUUUAGAUGCCUGGUAUGGGGCUAGGGAUUGGGCAGUGGAAUACAUGACCCGUGAGGAAGGCUGGAUAACCAGAAAAGACUAUGAAGAAAAAGGGGGAGAAUACCUCAAGGAACACUGUGCUUCAAAUGUCUAUGUUCCCAUUCGCCUUCCAAAGCAGGCCCCACGGGCAGCAGAGGCAUUAGCACCUAGCAGAACGCUGACAUCCAGCACAGGCAAUCCUUGUGAGCAGGCAUAGCACCGUGCCUUUGUCACAGACCCUCGGAUGGAGAUAACAGUGCAGAGAAAAGCAGAGUUACUGGUGUGCAGUAUGAGCUGUGCAUGGAGUGCAGGCCUCAGCCUAGCCUUGCUGGUUGCUCAGAGAGCACUGAGCAUCUCAUCCAGUCGCUUGAAGGAGGAGGGCAAGCCAUGCUGGGGCAACAGCUGGCAUGGUCAUAGCACCAGCAGCGCUUAGUGCUGCUCAUGCAUAGCACAGGAAUAUGCAUCAGCAAGGAGGAGCACAACAGAAGUGCAUUCCAGAGAAAAAUACUAUCUUAUAAACUGUCAUAGUAAAACUCAGGGUUUUUUGAGAGUAUAUGUUUUACAGCUUUUUUAAAUUUAAUUAAAAUGUACUGGUUUUCUACUGCUUUUAUUGCAUGAACCAGAA